CGGCCGGCCAGCGUAGGUGGUGUCCGCUUGGUUCUGUGGCUGUGCCAGCGCGUUGCCGUACGGCUUUUUCGCGGAGCAGCGUGUACACUGAACUAGUGUUACGGGACCCCAGCUAUAGUAUACAAGCGGGAAAAGCCAAUGUCGUACUGCAAGAACUUCGGGAAAGACCGAGUAAUUUUCAUCACUAAGGAAGAUCACGAGAAACCUAGCACAAUACAACUGCCCGAUGACCCAGACGAUGAAAAACGAGGCUUGAUUCUUCCCAAUGGUGACAUCAACUGGAACUGCCCAUGCCUGGGAGGCAUGGCUACUGGCCCUUGUGGACCACAAUUUCGGGAAGCCUUUUCCUGUUUCCACUACAGCACAUCUGAGACCAAAGGGAGCGAGUGCUUUAACCACUUCAAGGCCAUGCAGGAAUGCAUGUCUCAGUAUCCAACCCUCUACCCCGCUGAUGAUGAUGACGAUGAACAGGCAUCGCACAAAGCUAAUCCUGGCGAGGAGGAGGUCACCGGACUGGGAUACGCACUAUCCAAGACAAGUGCUGUGACAGAAAAUGAGCCACCGAAAGAGGACAAGAGAGUUGCUAGCCAGUGAGAGUGACUGUAAAUACUAGUCUGUACAUAAACAAAAAGGCUUUUGGCAAACACAAUCUCCGUCAUGCGUAUAAUCUUCCAAGUACGCUGUCACUUCGCAGCAUUGGUAAGUUGCAGAUUAAAUCGCGAGAUGCUGGACCUCGUGACAAGUCUCCCUUCCUAUUGAGAUGAUUGUGUUGCUGUUGUCGGCAUAAAUUAUGCAGCAACUGAUGCAACAUUAAUAAAAGUAAUUUCUUGACUAAUGUUUUUUUAUCUAGAGGAUAGUUUGAGACCACUUGGAGUUAACAGUGUCCUUAAAAUUUUUAUGUAAUCUUAAAGUAUGUGAACAUGCCAUGCCUGUUUUGUAGUGCAGGCCAGCAGAAACAAAUUGACACCUGUGGCCACAAUCGUUUUUGCAAGUGCCAUUGGGGGAAGUGCACUUUUCCCUCUUAUGAUGGUUGUGACAUCCUGUAUGCACUGCAGUAAAGUGUUAGAAGUAAUAAAUGUUUUGUUAGCAAUCCCA